AUGUCCACCAUCAUCAUCGGAGGCGGCAUCAUCGGCCUCUCCACCGCAUAUUAUCUCUCCCUCUCCCGACCGGCCAGUUCAACAUCGGGGGAUAUCCACAUCAUCGACUCGUCGGCAAGCCUCUUCACCUCGGCGUCAGGCUAUGCCGGCGGAUUCGUGGCACUGGAUUGGUUUUCACGGCCCGUGGCGUCGUUGGGCGCAUUAUCCUUCCGGCUGCAUCGCGAGUUGGCGAACCAGCAUGGGGGAGAUCGUCGGUGGGGGUACGCGGGCAGUCAUGUGUAUAGUUUGAGUGAGGGCGAUGAGGAGGUAGUAGAAGGGAACGAGGAGAUCGAUCCUCUGGGGACAGAUGCGCCCGAGGGGCAGGACGACUGGAUUGCUGACGGGACGAGUCGGGCGCGAGUCGCGCCGUUGGCUUCAACUUCCGCUUCCACGUCGACUUCGAAUCCAGACCCGGCCAAAACUCCACCUACAGUGUGGACGCGCCGAAGCGGCUGGACGUUCGAGACGAUCGGUCGCCCAGGGGACUGUGCGCAAGUCGAGCCACGGGAGUUGUGUGAGUUCUUGCUUGAGGAGUGCAAGAAACGAGGUGUGCAGGUUCAUCUCUCGACCAUGGCGACAGCGGUGCUUACUGAUGAUGAGGGAGUGUUGAAGGGGUUGAAGUUGCGGGCUACCGGCGUUGACGCUGGACAGCCACACGAGCAGGAAACGCAGCUUGAAUGUAAGAAUGUGGUGAUCUCAGCCGGGGCGUGGACGCCGCGCGUCUUCAGCACGCUGUUUCCGCAGAGUAAGUUGCGGAUUCCAAUCGAGCCGUUGGCUGGACAUAGCAUCGUGGUCAAGUCACCGCGGUAUAUGACACCGUACGCGGACCUUACAGAACGGGAGGGAGGCAGUGACAAUCAAAAGUCGAUGUGCUAUGCGAUAUACUGCGGUCCGGGUUCGCGGUGGUCAUUUGCGCCAGAGGCAUUUGCCCGGCUUGCUCGCGACGGGGAGACCGAAGUCUGGGUCGGCGGACUCAAUGAUAGUACGCUUCCCCUCCCGGAGCUUUCGACUGAUGUCAAGGGGAUGAUCAACCAGCGCAGUAUCCAGGAUCUGCGCAGGACGACGGUCGAGUUGACGGGACUUGCGAAGGGAGGCGGCCAGCAGAAUGAAGAUGAUCUGGAAACGAUAAGAGAAGGACUGUGUUUCAGGCCGAUAAGCCACCGGGGAACCCCCCUCAUCAGUGCAUUAGACGGUAAAGAUCUUGGCUUGCGGGCCGGUGGUAGUGGUGUCUAUAUCGCCUCUGGCCACGGUCCGUGGGGCAUAAGUCUGAGUCUGGGAACCGGGAAAGUCGUGAGUGAAAUGCUGAUGGGACAAAAGCCAAGUGCAGAUGUGCGUGGGCUUCGCGUGGGCCGGUAA